AUGCAGCUCAUCAAGACCGUCUCAGUCUUGGCCCUGGCCACCGGUGCCGUCGUCGCUAUGCCCGCCAACGCGGAACAUGGUGGACUUGCCAAACGUCAAUGGUGGGGGGGAAACCGAUUCUGGCAGCGUCCCAACCCGGACGCCUACAUCACGGUGACUGGUUACGCGCCCGAGCCAACUGGUGGCAGUUGGUAUACCGAUGCAUCGACCUCGACCUCGACCUCGACCUCGGCCACGACUACAUCGACCACGACCAGUGAUGUGGUUAGCGCGACUCCUGCCGCUACUGACAGCAACUUCGGCAGCGGUGGUCCCUUCAACCGACCGUCGCCCCAGGACUACACCCCGACCGAAGCCCCAGCGCCCCCUGCUACCUCUGCUCCCCAAGCUCCGGCGUCGUCUCCUGCCACCCCGGCGUCGUCCGCCCCGCCCGCCUCUGGGUCGUCCCUGUACGACUACAUGGAUGUGGUCUCGAAAUGGCGCGCCGCUGGGGGUCUUCCGGCUCUCACCCAAAACAGCCAGCUCGAGGCUAAUGCCAUGAAGACCAGCACGGACAGCGUCGGCGGCCUCAUCCACGAGUUGAACCCCGGCACCAUGGCCCAGGUCCUGGCCCCUGGCACCCCCGACAACUUCGAGAGCGUCUACGUCGGUGGAUGGCUCUGCGAGAUCCCCACGCUUCCGGGCCUGAACGGCAUCUGUGCCACCGAGGCUCAAGGAUGGGAUCACUCCAAUGGCGAGACCGGACACGCCGAAAUCUUGACCUCGACCUCUUACUCCAAGAUCGGUUGUGCUCUGGCCCUGUCUACAGGCGUCUGGGCCUGCGACUUGGCAUAG